AUGGCGGCUCACACUUGCUUCGUAUCGCGAACAGUGAUGGUUCAGGGUGGCAACGUGGAAAUGGUUUUUCAAGCCCUGACCCGGAUUCUCACCACAGACAGGAUCAUCGAAGAGGCAAAGAGCAAGGGUUACUACGAGAAGCCCUGCAGGAAAGGCAUCUACAAGCAUUACGAGAACUGCCGGCGCAUCUACAAUAAUGAGAUGGCCAGAAAGUUGGCCUUUCUGGUGAGGAAAAACCGCCAGGAUCCCUAG